AUGCAAUCUGAAGAAUUUACCACCAAUCCUAUCCUUACUAGAUCUAAGAAAAGAAAUGAGGUUACAAAUAAGCGAGAAAGAGCUAUAAUCGAUGCACUUGCUAAAAUUGAUCGUUCAAAGGAAGUUGACCUUUGUUACGUUUUAGACUGCACCG